AAUAAAACCAGGUGGAAUGAGCUCUAGAGGACUGUAUGAUACUGUAAAGGAAUUUGUAAAGAUUUCAAAGUGGCUGCUGUACAUUUGAGAAAAAUGCUGGAACUAAUGGAAGAAGACAGAAAAACAGGGUUGCCCAUUGCAGCAGACGCGUCUCACCUGUACACACCAGACACAAGCUUCACUCACCUCACAACAGUCACGCGCUCACCGGAAUGGGACAGGGAGGAGCAAAAUUUCUCCCUGUUGCAAAGGGAAACCAGAGAUUCAGUGAGGCCUGACCAAUCAGUGAUCAUCUUGCAUGCCAAAGUUGCUCAGAAGUCUUAUGGCAAUGAGAAAAGGUUCUUCUGUCCGCCUCCUUGUGUGUAUCUCAGUGGGCAUGGGUGGAAACUCAGACAGGAGCAAUUUAAAGCAUCAGGUGUUGGUGAGUUCAAUUGUCAUCUCUUUGGGUACAUGAGUCUGGACAGCUCCACUGAUCCGCAGACAGACAGCUUCAAGCUGAGCUUUGAGGAGCAGACAGACAAGAGGAUGUUUGCUUGUGCCAAGACUUUGUACAUCUCAGAUACAGACAAAAGAAAGCAUUUUCGGCUGCUGCUCCACCUGUUUCACAACGGAAGGCAAGAAAUUGGCACGUUUCAAGGCAGACUCAUUAAAGUCAUCUCUAAACCAUCACAGAAGAGGCAGUCCAUGAAAAAUGCUGACCUGUGUAUUUUCUCAGGCUCAAAAGUGUCAUUGUUUAACCGCUUACGGUCGCAGACGGUCAGUACACGUUACCUGGCGGUGGAAGAUGGAGCAUUUGUUGCCAGCGCAAGAAAAUGGACAGCCUUCACUGUCACUUUAGUGGAGGAGACGCAGGCCGAUCGCAGUGAAUACACUGUGUGUGACAGCUACCUUUGUUAUGGCUGUGUGGUUCAGCUGGUAUGCACUGAUACUGGAGUUGCAUUGCCACCAAUGGUCAUACAUAAAGUGAAUAAGCAGCAUGUGUGUCUAGACGUGGAUGAGCCUGUUUCUCAACUUCAUAAAUGUGCAUUCCAGCUCAAAGACAGCAACCACAUGUACCUCUGCCUCUCCAAUGAAAAAAUCAUACAGUACCAGGCAUCUCCAUGCCCUAAAGAGGGUAAUAAAGUGUUACUGAAUGAUGGAUCAUGUUGGACGAUCAUAGGAACAGAGGUGGUGGAGUAUACCUUCAGUGAGAGCCUCACCUGUCAUCCCACCAUCAUCAGCCCUGUACCUGUCAUCAAUGGGUUAGAGUUGAACGGCGGGGGACAUGUGGCCACGUUGGAGCUUCAUGGAGAGAACUUCAGCCCUCAUUUGAAGGUCUGGUUUGGGAACAUGGAAGCCGAGACCAUGUUCAGGUCGCCCAGGUCUCUACUGUGCGUCGUCCCUGAUGUGUCUAUAUUGAGUGGUGAGUGGAGAUGGAUGAGAAGCCCAAUCACAGUGCCCCUAUCUCUGAUCCGAUUGGACGGCCUGAUCUUCAGAAGCUCUUUCUCAUUCACUUACACACCAGAACACAGCGCCCCCUCUCAACCAAACCGUACUGCAGAAAGGGCCGCGGACUCAGACGCACUUAUAGACACCAUACACCAGGAGUUCACAAGGACAAACUUUCACCUAUUUAUGCAGAGCUGAGAUUGUGCACACACACCUUACACUAGAAGUUCAUCAUGGCAAAUACUCAUGUCAGAUUAUGUCCAGUUCUAGUUCAAAGCAAAAACUCACACAGCAUGUGGUAACACCCUAGAGAAAACAGUGACGAAGCGUUUGAUGAAUAGGAAUGCGCAAGAUGCGUUUUGAGAGUGUGGAAAGAGCCUGUUCCAGCCUGGUCUCAUUGAAUCACAUUCCUAUACCUACAUUUUUAAAGUGGCUCAUUAUACUAAUCGCUGCAGUUUCCUGGUGAAAUGAACUCUAGAGGUGCUAAAACAACCAUGACUUUUAUUCCGUUUCGCAUAAAUCUUGAGUAAAUGGCAGAUUAUCAAUUCAUAAACACUUACAAUGCUAUCUUUUGACAUCUAAGUACUUUUACUGUAGCUUAUGAGUUAUAACGUGAUACAUUUGAGUUAAGAUAAGUUUGUAUUACAUAACCAAAGACAUUUAUAAGUGUGUUAUGUGCAAUCAAAAUUGCUGGGUAGCUCAACUGAUAGAGUGUUGCACAAUUUGCAAUAUAAAAGACUGGGGUACGAGUCCUAAAGAGCAUGCGAGUCACCAAAAGAGCCAUAGAACCAACUUUAAAUGACGUGGUUCCUUCAGCAUUUGCGUUUUUCAUCUCACGUUUGUGUUUUAUGACUCUGUUGGUUAGGUUUAGGCUUAAGGUUCAGAGUAGGGUGGUCGCUUUUGAUGAUUUAAAACUCGAUAGAGCAUUAACCUUCAAAAUCUCAUCUGUUUUGGAGUUAAUUUAACUAGCUUUUAGUGCCACCAGAGACUAAUUGUCAGAGACAGUCACUUAUUUUAAAAUUAAUGGGAGAAAUUUGAACGGUCAACUGAUGUAGAAAAGGAUGUCCCGCCUUACAGGUAAAAGAGCCAAUCACCUUUUGGAUUCAGACAUUGCCUGUCAGAAAAGUAAAAUUUAUGAUACCAGUGUUUUCAGAUUGUAUUACUGAAUUUAAAUAUUUUUUUUGAUCGGAAUCUUGACUAACCAUUUUGGAGAUUUCGGUCUUUCCCCAUUAAAGUACAUAGGAGCUGCACUUUUAUGCCACUUGUUUACAUAGAAAAAUAGCUGCCCAGCCUGCCUGACAGCAUUUCAAAGAUGGCUGCCGAGUGGAUUGACUUGCCUUGAAAGGGACUUUGGCGCCACACAGUGGACAUUUCAGCUUGAUCUGCUGCCGUGAUAAGCAAAAGAAACCACAUAAUGUUAUUUUGCAAAAAUGUUGCCACAGUCGCAACAUUUUCAUGAGGAAUACAGCAAAUUGGAUUACUGUAAGCGCAAUUGGACCGGUCCCUCUAAAAGUCUCAUAGGUCACCGGAUGAUAAUGUCCAAGUGCUUUGAAGGCAAAAAUUUCUCAACGUUUGGUCGCAUAAUUGAGCAACACUUUCAAAACCCUUGCAUUUUUCCUCUACGUAUUAAAAAUAAUUCUGAACACCUUAGCAACUGCAUAGCAACACCUUAGCAACCACCCACAACACUAGCAUCAUGGCAACGCACUUUGGAAAGGCAAGCACCACUCAUCUAGACUUCCUUUACAUAACAACAUUUUUUAUUAGAAUAGAUAUGAUAUGAUUCACAUAGACCCUCUAUUUAUCUAAUCUUAUUUACAUUUCAUACCGUGCAAAGGGUUAUUUUCAUAGUAUGAAACCUAUAAGUAUGAAAUAUGGCAAAAUAUGGUAGUCUAAUAUUGCCAAUGAUAUAUCCAUCUCAUAUGAUUCUUGUAUAACUUUUGUUUUUUUCAUAUGGGUCAGUUUUCAUUUGAGCAAUUUUGAACUAUCCACUAAUUUGUGAAGGUGGUGCUCACAGUACAUUUGUAUUUUAAUUAGAUUUUCAGUAUUGCUUGUAUCUAAUAUGUGUUGAUGUAAUUAAUUGAUGUUAUUAUGUCCUCUAUCUCAACUUACAUUAGAGAAACUGCUAUAACAUAACUACACAUACACAAAGCAUCUAUUAGACAGCCAAGAUACCCCAUCCAAAAUUAUCUUCAAAGGUCGAAAUCUUAGAACAUACCCCAUAUAUUGUGUUGAAAAGUGUGAAACUGUAUGUGUACACAAUUUUUGUGGGGUCUUAUAAGUCUUUGGCUCGUUUCCUCCUCUAAUUACUAAAGCAAACAUGCGUGAGAGGGAUUGGACUGGCAUAACACAUCAACUAAUCUUUAUCAUGUGUCCACCAUCACCAACGGGCCCCUGGAAUUCAUUUUCUCAUCAGUCCAUUCCACUAGAACACAAGAGAUAUGAAAGAAGCUAUUCUUCUAUCUGUUUUCGUUUUUCACACCUUCUCUUAUGUUACGGGAAGGAGUCUUUAUACCAUAAAAAGGACAUUUCUUUCAGUACCGACUGAAAAUGAAACUCUUGGAAUGGCUUAUGAUUUUCUUUUUCAACAAAUGGUCUGUGUAAGGAUGUAGAC